UGGAGCCCGGCGACGACGGUGGCCUCCAGCGGCGUGUCACCCUACCAGCGGCUACUAGAUGCGCUGACCAACGACAUCCGAUGGCAGAAGGACGUGGAUCUGGGAAGGAGGGUGGGCUUCUACCGCUUCCGCGGAGAACUUGGCACCGGCAACUUCUCCCAGGUCAAGGUGGCCGUCCACUGUCUCGUCAAAGAGAAAGUGGCAGUGAAGAUCCUGGACAAGAGCAAGAUGGACGCCAAGACGCAGCGCAUGCUGUCUCGCGAGAUAGCCAGCAUGGAGUCCCUCCACCAUCCGCACGUGAUCCGGCUGUACGAGGUGAUCGAGACACUCAGCAGGGUGCACCUGGCGCUAGAGUUCGCGCCAGGGGGCGAGCUCUUCCAGAAGAUCACCAGCGACGGCCGCUACCCCGAAGAAGAGGCGCGCAUCGUGUUCGCGCAAGUCGCCUCCGCCAUCAACCACAUGCACGAGCUGAACAUCGUGCAUCGGGACAUCAAGGCGGAGAACGUGUUCAUCGCCGGCCACAACCUGGUCAAGGUGGGCGACUUCGGCUUCAGCACGCAGCUGCGCUCCCGCGAAGAGGCACUGAGCACCUUCUGCGGCUCGCCGCCGUAUGCGGCGCCCGAGCUGUUCCGGGACGAGAGCUAUGCGGGUCCCUGCGUGGACGUGUGGGCCCUGGGAGUGCUCCUCUACUUCGUGGUGACGGCCUGCAUGCCCUUCCGGGCGCAGACGGUGGCCGCGCUCAAGAAGCUCAUCCUCGAGGGUCACUACACGCUGCCCGAGUACCUGUCCGAGCAGUGCAAGAAGCUCAUCGCCUCAAUACUGCAGGUGUGCCCGCAAGACCGUCCCACCGUGGCGGACAUCGGGCGCUCCGAGUGGCUCCGGGGCCAGCGACUUCCCGAGGGCUACGCCCGCUACAACAUGUACCCGACGCUCGACCCGGAGGCCACCGUCACCGAGGAAGAGCUCGAGGCCCGCGCGCACCUGCGCGAACUGGGCAUCGGCGAGGACCUGAUGCGCGACUGCGCCGACAAGGGCGCCCGCAGCGCCGUCACGGGCGCCUACCGCAUCGUGCUGCACAAGAUACAGACGGCCACGACCGCGGCCCUCGACAACAUGGAUAGCGAGUCGGCGGGCACGGCCACGGGAACACCGUCGCCCGGCACGCACAAGGCCGACCGCGUCUCCCUGGGCCCGGACAGGCUGUUCUCGGUCAAGAACCGAAAGUCCAGAGCGUGUGUUGUGCUAUGAGGGCGUUGUUUUCUUUUCAAAAAGCUCCGCCGCUAAAGCGGCCUUGACAACUGCACUGGUCCAUCAACUCGCGCCUGAAAACGGCAUGCGCCAAAGUGACAAUUUUUCCAUCCGGGCAAGACAUUCACAGAUAUUCCGUUCACUUAAGAGUGAGAAGGAGAUCGCGUGCCAACUUGGAGCACUUGUUUCUUGUUUUUUU